AUGGGUGGUCAAUUCAGCAAAAUGAUGGGCAAGAUCUUCGGAUCAAAGGAGAUGCGACUUCUCAUGUUGGGACUUGACGCCGCCGGAAAGACGACUAUUCUCUACAAGCUCAAGCUCGGUCAGGGCGUGACUACCAUUCCCACGGUCGGGUUCAACGUCGAGACGGUUACAUACAAGAAUGUCAAGUUCAAUGUUUGGGAUGUCGGUGGCCAGGACAAGAUCAGACCUCUUUGGAGACAUUACUUCAGCGGCACACAGGGUCUCAUCUUCGUCAUCGACUCCUCGGAUAAGGCAAGGAUGGAAGAGGCUCGGCAAGAACUCCACCGCAUCAUCAACGACCGAGAAAUGAAGGACAGCUUACUACUGGUGUUCGCGAACAAGCAGGAUAUCAGAGACGCCAUGACGCCAGAAGAAGUACAGAAGGCUCUCGAACUCGGCAAGCUCAAGGACAAGAUCUGGAACGUCAUGCCAUCCUGCGCCACCACCGGAGAUGGCCUCAUCGAGGGGCUGGCCUGGCUCUCCAACAACGUCAAGGCCUCCCCUGCGCCGGCCAAGAAAUAG